AUGCUGCUGAAGUCCAGCACCUUCGUGCAGGCACCCGCCCGAACCGUCGAGGGUCCACAGCAGCAGCUGCGCAUGAUGGAGACGGCGGCUCUGUCCACGGGCAUUGCCAUGACCAACGCAUUGCCGGCCAUGGCAACUUGGGGUGAGGGCUCUGAGGCAGGACAGAACAUCGACCCUGACUCGACGGAGGCAUACAACCGAAAGAUCCUGAAUGCUACCGCCAUUUGCCUCACCUUCGCCGUUUUCCUGGUCGGCUUGGUCGUAUCCCAGGCACGCAAGCUGGUGGAGAACAGCUGCCCCACACCCACUGUGGCCAUUGACAUCCGAGAGACCCGAUUUGGAGUCAAAGGUGAUUGCUUCGGAUUUUCCACAGGGGGCUGGCGAGGAUUAGUUCCCUUCGAGGACUUGGCUGGACCUGCAUCGCUUCUUUCAGGCGCAGGUGCAGUGUGGGCCUUCGGCCAACGGAUUGCAAACCUCGGGGGCUUCGAGGCAGCCUUGGCAACAGGAACCGCUUUGAGACGCUAUGCAGUUCGAGUUUUCCUGGGACCUUGGCGCCUCGCACCGUUCCGCGCUUUUGGCAAGCAGGCGGCAGAUGCCCAGUUGGUGGACUUCCAAGGUACCGCCUGCACUGGUGACCUCAGCGUUGCCAACUGCCCCUCACAGGAACCUUCGCGCUUGGAUGGGGCUUCCUCGAUGAUCGAUUGGAGAAGAGCGCUGCAGAGACUUUGCGAAUGCACCUCUUCUGAAGCCAUGGUCGGGGAGGCUGCAGCGACAGCAGGGGCAUGCUGCGACCUGGAUGUCUUGGAUCAGGCGCUGAGUGCCAUGGGCCACCCGAAGGGUGUGCUAUGCCUGCAUGGAGCUUUGGCUGUUCUGGCAUCCUGCUCCGCCCGGCUCUCGCUGCGCCAUCGCCCACGACUGAGCCAUCGUUUGGCCUCGCCAAGCCUUCGGAAGUCUUUGGUGCGGCCACGUCUUAUGCACCUGGCCUCGCCAGUGAUUCUACGUGCAGCCCCGGGAAGUGGCAAAGAGGCUUCGGCUCGGGUUGCCCAGCACCUUCGCGAUGCCGAGUGGUGGGACCUGCAGGUUGUGUCCAUGUUAAGCGAUGAGCCUGGCAUCACGCGCACCUAUCGCGUGCGAGGCAGUGCUUCCGACGCAAACUUCGCGCCGUUUCCCUUCGGAAGCCAGGACUUGCUCUGGUGGCGAUCGGAGCCCUCGAAGGAUGAGCUGCGCUUGCUGCUGCAGGAGGUGGUCCUGGGUCUGAGCAUGGCCGGUAUCCGCGAUUUUGCGGCUUUUGUCGGCACCGUGUGUCUCAUGGCAGAUGAAUCGCAGCACGGGGGCCCAUUCAAAGACAGCUGCAACGCUGCCCCAGUGCCAGAUAUGGUGGUGCCCUGGGAGCACCGCGAGGCGACUGCUGCCUAUGCGCGAAACUGGCGCUCAGCAGAGCCAGGAAGGCGACACCUGGUCUUGCUGCCGGGCCGCUUAGAGUUGGGUUUGCUUCCUGACCCAGGACUCCUGGCCACCUGGCCUGACGGCUUCAGCUUUGAGAUCGCAUGUCCAAAUUGCCCCUUCCUCCAGCUCAAGUUUUUCAGGGAGGCACCAGGUCAUGUCUCUCAGCUCGUCAUCUCCGAUGAAGCUUUCGUCUGCUUGUGGCCGAAGUCGCUCUUGAUGCCACUUCGAUGGAUUCGUGAAGAGGAGUUGCGGUUCGGAGACCGGCCUCAUGCCGACAGUCGGACCGGGCAGGUGCUCCUCGAGGAUCCGGCCACAGUCUGGGAGCUGCCAUGGCCUGCCGAACCUCGCAGUCUCGUCGAGUAUCGAUCUCCUCGCGAUGCGGAAGUGUGGUGCGACGAAGCGAGACAGGUCUUCAGUGGUGGCCGACAGAGCAUCAGCUUGGCCCCGGAGUUCGACUUGAGCGCGGAUGUGUCUUCCAGCUCUGGGUUUUAUGAUCUUUUCGACCUGCGGAAGUUCUCCACGAAAGAGGGCCUUGCAUUGCUUCUGGACAAGACUGCUUUGAAGAAACGCCUGGUCGAGCUGCAACUGCCAGCCCUGGUGCCAGUAUUUUCCACAACGACGCCAGAUCUUCCUUGGGAGAAGCUCCGAGAACUCUCGCAGUAUGCCAUCAAGGCCGCACAUAAACAUCACGGAGGACUCGGAGUUCUGCUAAUGUCGCACGGAAGGGACCUGCUCACGGGUCGACACAUGGACGAGGUCGAGGUGGUGCGCUGGGCAGCGAAAGCUUUCGAAAAGGAGGAGCAGCCCUCAGCACCUCGCUGCUGGGAUGAAUGCACCAGCACUUCUGCGGAGUGCGAGACUCGCUGCGUCACCAAUGCGCCCGUCGCAGACGACAGCGUGAAGCAAGGCCUUCUCGUAGAAGAGCUUGCCGUGACAUGGGAUGGUCGCAGUGGGCUUCUCCCCGACGAGGCUUUUUGUUUCGUGGCUUGGGGCCGCCUCUCGUUCUUUGGUGUCAUGGCAGCGGGUGGCACAUGGCUGAGCUAUUUCGCUAGUGAUGGUACGCCCAUUUUCGCGCGGCCAAUGAAAGCCCAGAAGCACAUCGAGGCAGGGGGUGCAUUCCGCACGGGCUUGCCCUGGGGACACGAGCUACGUUCAGCUGUGGUCAGCCUGGCAGAAAGAGCCGCGCAGGCUUUGGGGGCUGACUUCCUGCGCAUCGACAUAUUUCCCAAUGGUGGGGCUCCCCUCAUCUCCGAGGUUUCGAUCGUGACGGGAUGGUUUGGCCGAGAAAAUCUGAGGUGGGGGGAAGUGGAUGCUUGGUUGCUGGAGACGCUUCGCGAUCAGUGGAUCAGUGGCUAUGCCUUGUCUGCAGACAUCUGA